UGGUUUUGGGGGCAGCCAUCUCCCUCUCCCUCUUUCCUCUUCCCUCCUUCUGCUCUCCUUCCUCCUCCUCUCCCUCCCUCCUCUCCGCACUGUGCUCUCCGGGGGCUCUGGGUACCGCUGCAGCAUCGCCAGCCUCCUCCAUGCAGGCGGCUGGGGCGCGGGGCGGAAGGGGAGGGCUGCGGGGGCCAAGCUGAAUGAAUGGGCAUCGCCUCGGUGCCGCUGGAGCCUCCGCAUAGGGGCGAGGCGGCCGCACCGCGCCGCGGGCAGGGGGGCAGAGGGCCGGCCAGCGGCCGGGGCCGGGGCCAGGGCCGGGCCGGGCCGGGCCGAGCCGAGCCGAGCCGAGCCCCCCGCCCAGCCCGCCGGGGUGCUGCGAGGAGCGGGCGCUGCCCCGCCGCGGGACCCCCACAGCCGGGCCAGGUCUUCAUGAGGGACAGCCCUGGAGCCCAGAGAGACACAUGGUGCACAGUAUACUGAAUCCGGCCUAGUCCUCUAGCCCAGCAAGCUGUGAGAGGUACAGGAAAGUCUGCGGGGCAGCGGGGCCAGUGCUCCUGCGAGGAGUCUGCUACACCGUCCCUGAGUGAUGGUCUGGGAAGCACUGGGACCAUGAAGGGCUUAGGAGAUAACAGAAGCCGCCACCUCUCUGAUAACCUGGACUCCCCUCAAGACUCUCUUUAUGCCCCCCAGGACAGGAACCCUUAUCUCCUCAGCCCCACUGACUCCUUCACCAUGGAUCCCCGAUUCCCAGCCCAGAACACGCUCCAUGGUGACUGUCUCCUUCCACUCAACAACCAGAUCUCCAACAGCAGCACUUUCCCCCGCAUUCAUUACAACUCCCACUUCGAGGUCCCGGACGACAACCCUUUUCCGAGCCAUGCUCAAGCCACAAAGAUCAACCGCCUGCCUGCAAACCUCCUUGAUCAGUUUGAGAAGCAGCUGCCCAUCCACAGGGAUGGCUUCAGCACCCUCCAGUUCCAGCGGAGUGACACGAAGCACCGGAGCGAGAGCCCUGGGCGCAUCCGGCACCUUGUCCACUCUGUGCAGAAGCUCUUUGCCAAGUCCCAGUCUCUGGAGGGCCCCACCAAGGGCAACGUGAAUGGGAAGAAGGGGGCAGAUGACACCAAGCAAAACCGGAGGAGCAAGAGCAAGGACCGAGCGAAAACCUCUGAGCCCAAGCGCAGGACCAGGUCCAACAUCUCCGGCUGGUGGAGCUCAGAUGACAACUUGGACAGCGAUACCUGCAGCUACCGCAACCCCAUGGGGCUCAUGACACUGGGCCGGCAGCCCGACCACAGCCAGCCAAAGUACUUCAUGCACGCCUACAACACCAUCAGCGAGCACAUGCUGAAAUCCUCCAAGAGCAAUAACGACCUCAAAGUCACCCCUUGCACCAAUAUCCCCAUCAACAACGACUCCAACUACAUCAAGCGAGGCUCCUGGUCCACGCUGACGCUCAGCCAUGCCCGGGAGGUGUGCCAGAAGGCCUCCGCCACCAUUGACAAAGCCUUGCUCAAAUCCAAGUCCUGCCACCAGGACUUGGCCUACCACUACCUGCAGCCUGACGCAGGGCUGUGGGCACAGCUGGGUGGCACGAGCCCGGCCAGCAGCUGGGCAGCCCCACCACUCAGCUGGGAGGACACGGGUGCCCCGCUGCAGCCGAGCGAGCCCCCACAGAAGUGGGACCAGCCCCUCAGCCCCGGGCCGACCGACGCAGGCAGCACCCAGGUGCCUCAGGGGGAGUGGAACAACACGCUGUCCAGGGACAAGGACAGCGAGAUCCCGUGCCGGCGCAUGCGGAGCGGGAGUUACAUCAAAGCCAUGGGGGAUGAUGAUAGUGAAGACUCAGAAAACAGCCCCAAACCAUCCCCAAAAACUGCAGCUCGGAGGCAGAGUUACCUCAAGGCCACCCAACAGUCCCUGAGUGAGCAGAGCACCACACAAAGGAGCCUGGACCGCCUGGACUCUGUUGAGAUCCUCCUACCUCCGAAGUUCCCAACCUGGGAGGAAGAAUACAACCAGAUCUCUGACAGCGUCAAUGAGUCCAGCUGCAUCAACCAGAUGUUUGGACCCCCCUCACUUAUCCCUCAGAUAUUUACCCAUGGAGAGCAGGCACCCGAGCCGGAGCUGGGGGAGCAGUACGAGGCGGUCUGCGACCCGACCUACAGCGAAGCCGAGUCGGCGGCUGCGGAGGUGCUGGACCUGCCUCUGCCCAGCUACUUCCGAUCCCGGAGCCACAGCUACCUCCGCGCCAUCCAGGCGGGCUGCUCCCAGGACGAGGACACGGGCUCCGUCCGCUCCAUCUCCCCGCCCCAGACGGGCAGCCUCAGCGGCAGCAGGACCCUUCCCACCAACAGCAGUUCAUCAUGCCUAGUGGCAUAUAAAAAGACUCCACCUCCUGUCCCACCACGGACCACAUCAAAGCCGUUCAUCUCUGUCACUGUGCAGAGCAGCACUGAAUCAGCCCAGGACACCUACCUGGACAGCCAGGACCACAAGAGUGAGGUGACCAGCCAGUCAGGGCUCAGCAAUUCCUCGGACAGCUUGGACAGCACCAGGACACCCAGUGUGACGAGGGGGAGCGUCGUGACUCCAGCCAGAGACACUCCAGAGUUAUCUCAGAAAAAUGCAACUUUGAAAAGUGACAAAGGGACUCUGACUAGCGAAGAGCCUAAAGUGGAGAAUAUCCCCAAAAGAAAGCUGUCGUCUAUAGGCAUACAAGUUGACUGCCUUCAGCCAGUGGCAAAAGAGGAGCCUCCUCCACCAGCCACCAAAUUCCAGUCCAUCGGAGUACAGGUAGAGGACGAGUGGCGAAACAGCCACUCUCGCAGCAUGUCCUCCAAACAGGACACAGACUCUGACACACAGGAGCCCAAUAACUCCAACUGUAAAUCAUCUGAGAGAAGCCUUGCUGAGUGCCCCCAGCACAACUCCAUUGGUGUUGAUGCCACCACCAGGCAACCAGCCAAGCCCUCACAGAUUAAGAGAAACCUCUCCUAUGGAGAAAACAAUGACCCAGCCCUGGAGCCUUCUUCCCUUCCUCCUCCUGACCCCUGGCUUGAGACCUCCACAUCGCCAUCGGAGCCCACGCAGCCCGGGGCCUGCCGGCGGGAUGGGUUCUGGUUCCUGAAGCUGCUGCAGGCAGAGACAGAGCGCUUGGAAGGCUGGUGCCGUCAGAUGGACCAGGAGACCAAAGAGAACAAUCUCUCUGAGGAAGUCUUAGGAAAAGUCCUGAGUGCAGUGGGCAGUGCACAAUUACUAAUGUCACAGAAGUUCCAGCAAUUCCAUGGCCUCUGUGAACAAAACUUGAACCCUAAUGCCAAUCCUAGACCCACAGCCCAGGAUUUGGCUGGAUUUUGGGAUCUCCUUCAGUUGUCCAUUGAAGACAUCAGCAUGAAGUUUGAUGAGCUGUACCACCUGAAAGCAAAUAGCUGGCAAUUGGCAGAAACACCAGAGAGAAAGGAAGAGAAGAAACCACCCCCUCCAGUGCCAAAGAAGCCGGCCAAGUCCAAAUCGCAGCUGAACCGGGACAAAGGCUCCGACUCGGACAAGCAGCGGCAGGAGGCACGGAAACGGCUGAUGGCGGCCAAGCGCGCGGCGUCGGUGCGGCAGAACUCGGCCACGGAGAGCGCCGACAGCAUCGAGAUCUACGUCCCUGAGGCACAGACCCGCCUCUGAGCCAUGGGCAGAGCACGGCACCGGGUGGGUUUUAUAAGUCAUUAAAAAGGAAAAAAAAAGGUUCUCUUGAAA